CAACUCGGAAAUUUCCGACUUGCACACUCGUUGAAGAAACAUGGUGCCGGAGCUUCCCACUUGGAAAAUAUCAGAAUAGACCAAUAACGUACAUACAUUUUUAACUCGGAGAUCCCGAGUUUCCGAGUUGUCUUGAAAGCACCAUAGUAGCCGCAUCUGUCAGUGCGAGCCUGUCUCCACACACACACAGCCCUGAGAGAGAUGCAGAUAAUCGUGAACCGGAGCAUCCAAGUUCAGACGCUUAUCACGCUUAGCGUUUUUCUUAACCAGCCAGUAUGCGAUGAGGUGCGUUCUCUCCGUCCGCUACAGCUGAAAACCAACGAGUAAUAACAGUUCUAAAUAGUCUGGACUUGUUUUCGCUGCAGUCAUGGCAGGCCUGCUUCGCCCGCUUUUAUUCCGCUCCACACUGUUGUUCCUACUGUCAUGUGACGCCCUGCUGAGUGAUGGGCCACCCACCCUGCUGUCCACCUCCCAGCCCUCCCAGCCCUCUCCUCUGUCCCUCAUGGACCUGGACCAAGAUGUGGAGGAGCAGCCUGAGAUGAUGACAGUUCCAGGCAGCCCUACCAAAGUACCAGGCCUAACCUCCCAGGGACAGGAGUCUUCAGGGUCGUUCCAUGACGACAACAAGCCUCUCCAGUCCUCUGUCCAUCUCUGGGAUGAUGUCAGAGACCAAGUCAACAUCACUGGUCUAGACAGGAAGUCCCUCAGAGGUUACAGUCAGACCCUCUCCCAGACCUCCACCUCUCCUAUGGAGGAACCCAGACAGGGAAAUCCCACCUCUCCCUUCAUGGAUGCGGUAGAGAGGCAGGAGCGGGAGCUAUGGGAGAUGGAGAGAGAGUCCAGCGGCCUCCCCCUGGAGGCUGGCUACGGCCAGAACCUUCCUACCCCCACCUCCAACACAACCUUCUCCAACACCACCACCUCCAACACCACCACCACCACCCCCACCUCCACCACCACCACCACCACCCCCACCUCCAACACCACCACCUCCAACACCACCACCACCACCACCCCCACCUCCAACACAACCAUCUCCAACACCACCACCCCCACCUCCAACACCCCCACCCCCACCACCCCUGCUGCUGACCCUCUGGUUCCUGUAGACUCAACCACCUUAGACCCCCAAUACGUCCCAGUGUACGGGGGUUCACAAUCAACUCCUGAAGACAGAGUGGAGGUAGAGGUAGCAGAUGAGGAGGAGGAGGAGGAGGAGGAGAGGGAGAGUUCCACCCCUGAGCCUGAUGCCUCCACCUCAAGACCAAACCUCCCAGAGGUGGGUGUCUUCCCCAGCCUUGGGCCUCUCCAGUCGGACAACACCCAUACAGAAGACCAGGAUGAGGUGGUGGAAGAGGACGAGGAGGCAGUGGUCCUUGGAGGACCUAGGAGUGACUCGGGAAGAGCAGGGAGAGGAGGGGAGAUCUCUCCGCUGACCACAGUCCCCUUGGCAUCUCUGGCGCCCACGGUCGACUUCACAGAGGAUUCAUGGGACCGUCUGGAGGACGAGGAGAUGUUCGCUGGGAAGGAGAUCCAGGAGAAGGAGCAGAGGCAGCAGCAGGAGAGGAGGCAGGAGGAGGAAAGGAGGAAUGAAGAGGAGGAGCAGGAGGUCAGGCAUGGAGGAACAGAGCUGUUAACAGAGGCAGAGCUCCUCCAUGGCGCUCACUUCUCACAGGAGAUACAGCAGGUGAUCUGUGUGGACUGGAGCGAUCUGGCUGGGAAGGGCUACGUCAUCCUCAACAUGUCAGACAACGUUGACUGUGAUGAGUUCCGUGUGGAGAGUGGAGACCGGCUCUUGGAGCUGCUAGAGACGGCCUUCUCUAGGAAGAUGAACAGUCCUCAGGGCUCCUGGCUCAUCUCUCUCUCUAAACCCACCAGACAGGACCACCAGCUGCUCAUCACACUGGCCAGCGAACACGGAGUUAUUGCCACCAAGGAUAUGUUGUCAAUGUUAGGAGAAAUCAGGAGAGGUUUACACGAGAUCGGUAUCCAGAACUACAGCAGUGCUAGUACCUGUCACUCCAGACCCAGUCAGACUCGUAGUGACUACGGGAAGCUGUUCGUGGUCCUGGUGAUCAUAGGUUCUGUCUGUGUGGUCAUCAUCGCAUCUGGUCUCAUCUAUAUCUUCUUGCAGAGACGCCUGCCUAAGAUCAAGACUAUGACUCGAGGCGAAGAAUUCCAUUUUGUGGAGAACGGCUGCCAUGACAACCCUACCCUGGAUGUGACGAGUGACGGGGGGGGGCAGCCAGAGAUGCAGGAGAAGAAACAUCGCCACGCCAACGGACUGACGUCCGGGUCUGGGGGGGAGGGAGGGAGUAGUGGCUGGCAGGUCCUGGUCAACAAACCUGGAGGGAAGGAAGAGGAUAAUAUGGAAGAGGAUACUCACCUUUAGUAGAGAGAAGAAGAGUGGAAGAGGAGAAGGAGGGUGGAAAAGGUAGCCCGGGUCCAGAUCUGUAUGUGUGUCUUGCCAACUUCUAUGGUCAUUGUCACAUUUGGCGUGGCAAGAUAGCACAAACAGAUCUGGGCGUCGGACUAGGCUAGAAAGAGUACUCACGAUGAAGACACAAAUCAUCAGUGUUGUGAAACUUGUGAAUGCAUCGGCUGUCAAAUUAUACCGAGCAAAAAUAUAAACGCAACAUGUAAAGUGUUGGUCCCAUGUUUCAUGAGCUGAAAUAAAGAAUCCCAGAAAUGUUCCAUACGCACAAAAAGCUUAUUUCUCUCAGAUUUUGUGCACAAAUUUGUUUAUAGUGCUGCUAGUGAGCAUUUCUCCUUUGACAAAAUAAUCCAUCCACCUGACAGGUGUGACAUAUCAAAAAGCUGAUUAAACAGCAUGAUCAUUGAACAGGUGCAGCUUGUGCUGGGGACAAUAAAAGGCCACUCCAAACCAGAGCUCUUGCCAGAGAAUUGAAUGUUAAUUUCUCUACCAUAAGCCACCGUCAACGUCGUUUUAGAGAAUUUGGCAGAAUGUCCAACCGGCCUGAAAACCGCAGACCACGUGUAACCAUGCCAGCCCAGGACCUCCACGAGAUCAUCUGAGACCAGCCACCCAGACAGCGAUGAAACUGAGGAGUAUUUCUGUCUGUAAUAAAGCCCUUUUAUGAGGAAAAACUCAAUCUUAUUGGCUGGGCCUUGCUCCCCAGUGGGUGGGCCUGGCUCCCAAGUGGGUGGGCCUAUGCCCUCCCAGGCCCACCCAUGGCAGCGCCCCUGCCCAUUCAUGUGAAAUCCAUACAUUAGGGUCUAACGAAUUCAUUUAAAUUGACCGAUUUCCUUUAUAUGAACUGUAACUCAGUAAAAUCUUUGAAAUUGUUGCAUGUUGCGUUUAUAUUUUUGUUCAUUACAGAAAGACGAAGUAUAGUAAUCAUAAGUCACUUAAACAACUUAUUAAAGCAACUUAGACGUUUUAUCAAUUGACUAUGAUUAUAUGAUAUGGAUCAUCUACUCUACUGUCCUUUUUUUUGUCAACUAAGCAUCUAUUACUUAACACUGUACAGCUACAGGGACUUUUCAGAAUAAUGAAACAUUGAUAUUGAAGCAAAUAGAGGUGGUAUCCCUCUGUGACGUGUAUGAAUGUUUGUAGUUGAACUACUGAAGUUAGAAUAUUGUAUUUAUUUUAACAUGUUGAAUGCAGAGUUAAAUGCUUUGUGCUAGCUAUUCUUUAUUAUGUAAAGUUGGAAUGGCUUCUCUGUAUCUGGUCUGUUUCACACUGAUCUUAGUUCAAAGUCACACAAUCAUUUGGAAGCGUCCAUUAUUCCCAGCCUCCUUACAAUCAAGACUGAUUUGUCAAAAUAACUUGCUUGGUUGCCUGAUCUGAUUGCUUUAGCAAGUCAUCUCUGGCUGCUGUGGCAUGGUAACAAACAAGGGAUUGGCUAAAGCACAGUCACAUCUGGUAACCAGGAUGCAAAACAACAGAGGCUGGACAUGUUUAUGAUGCUUCCCUUUGAAUAAAAAAAACCAAACCCACCUACAAUUAUAUAUAUAUAUGAAUUUAUCAUAAGCACAGCGAAUAAUGUUUUGGGCUAUUUACUGUAGAAGGCCUGUAAAUAUGAAUGUAAAGUCAUGCUGCUAGUAUUUCUGCUGAGGCACUGAAGCUAAUGACAUACUGUAGUUUAAAUAUAUAUUAUCUGCCUGACAGUAUUGUCUCUGCUUCAAAAUGGUGGGAUAUGUUUUUUUAGUCUGCAGUCAGCUAUAGAGCUCAGAUCUUUUUUUGAGAGAGAUCACUAUCACCAAGAUGGCUCACAUCUCUCAUAGCGUACACUGUGCUUAGCCUAGAAGUGUUUGAAACGCUUAAAUCCGUAAUACAAUCUAAAACUGUGUUGUGUGUGUGUGAAAUCAUCCAAAGAAAAGUCUAAUCUUAUAUGGUAGGGAUAAGCUACUAAACACAGGUGGCUGGUGGGACCUUAUUUGGGGAGGACGGGCUCAUAGUAAUGGCAUGAACAGAAGAAAACACCUGGUUUCCAUUUACUCUAUUCCAGAAAUUAUGAGCCGUGUUCCCCUCUGCAACCUCCUGUGGUACUAAACGAACACUUUACCCUCCUGUUUGUUUUAUUUUGCACUAGACAAGCAGAUAGCCACAAUGUGCUCUUUAAAAUAUGUAUUGGACGGUUGACCUCUCCAGGGUCGUGUUCAUUAGGCACCAAACGGAAGAAAACUGACAAUCAGGGAAGGACUACUUGGUUCUGGUCCAAUAACAAAAACGUUCGUAAAAAACUAUUUAAAGCAUUUUACAUUGCGUUCCCUAAUGAACACGACCCAUGAAUGUUCAGAGUAGGUCCUGAUGUUCAGGAUUGGUGGGUCUGAACUCAGUCUCUUUGUCAUUAUUAAUGGAAAAUCUCAAUUGAAAGUGUUGUGGUCCAGGACUAGGCUUAUUGGAAACCAGCCGUAGGUCUGUGUGUGGGCAGCUCCUUGUAUUGCUCCUGCACUGUUGUCUCUAUCAUAUGAGCUCAGUGGCGUUAAAAUGUCAAGUUUCUCCUAUGUCAUUUGUAUAAGAAUUAUCCGCAGGUUCCAUUGCUAACACCGAGUGAGAGUCGGCUGGAGAGAAGUUUGGAAGUAUAAUGUAUCUUUGUUAUUUUGAUUUUACAAAUGUACAUUAUUUUGUGUGAAACGUUUUUUUAAAUUUAUGUAAGUUUUAAUUUUUCACUGUUUUGUUAUCUAUGUAUCAUGUAAUGUAUGGAAAAAUAAACAUUUGUGAAAUGCU